CAACUGUCUGCAUCCUUCUUGAAGCAUGGGGCCCAAAACUGGACACAUUUCUCCAGUUUGCAGAACUGCCCUAUUCCUUCUGUAAAGAGGAAUGAUUUGGUGAUGGAGUACUUCCACUGACUGAUGGACUCACAAGACGGAAGCUCAGCAGAGGCAGACGGAGCCAAAGAGAGAGGCAUAGUUUAUGUUUGGAAGGCUGGUUCUUGCUGUGCAACACCUGAAAGAAUUCCAGGCUGGGGUGGGAAGACAGUACUUCAAGCAGCCCUUGGAGUAAACCAUGGCUUACUUCUGACAGAAGGUGGUGAAGUCUACAGUUUUGGAAAGCUUCCCUGGAGGACUAGGGUAGAAGAGAGAUGUGCUAACAGUCCUAUCUUAGAAAAUGCUUUGACUGGACAGCAUAUUGUUACUAUAGCAGCUGGGAGCUUCCAUAAUGGAGCAGUGACUGAGAGUGGUGCAGUUUACAUGUGGGGGAACAAUUUGGCUGGGCAGUGUGCAGUGGCUAACCAGCCUUACAUUCCAGAACCACAUCCCAUCAGUAUUUCUGACUCUGAAACCAGUCCUCUGUUAUCCAUCAGGAUUUUGCAGUUGGCAUGUGGAGAGGAGCAUACUCUGGCACUGUCAAUAAGCAGAGAGAUAUGGGCAUGGGGGAGUGGCUGUCAGCUUGGCCUCAUAACUACUAGUUUUCCAGUGACCAAGCCACAAAAAGUGGAACAUUUGGCAGGACGUGUUGUACUUCAGGUUGCCUGUGGAGCCCACCACAGCCUGGCACUUGUGCAAUGUCUCCCUGUGCAAGAUAUGAAACCAAUCCCAGAGAGGUGCAACCAUUGCAGCCAACUCCUCAUUACCAUGACAGACAAAGAAGACCAUGUAAUCAUCUCAGAUAGUCACUGCUGUCCAUUGGGUGUGGCUUUGACUGACUCCCAACCAGAAAACCAUGUCUCCUGUUCCUCAUUGGAAACCCUUGAAGGGAAAAGUGCAACUGGUAGUGAGGGCUGUCAAAAGUCUCUUGAAGACCAGUCACUUAUGGCUUCAGAAUCAGAUGUGGCAAGUGUGUUUUCUCACAACGAUGGGCAGGAAGACGGUGGUAUUUCCAGUCCUGGAAACAUCUUGUUUCCUGACAGAAAAGGAGUGAAAGAGGCCUUGAAGAACGUGUCAGAUCACUCAUUCAAUGAGAGCAUGGAGAAAAGCAUCAGCACAGAACCUGAACAGCCUUCUCAAGAAGAAGAAUUUGGUGCUUGUCUCCCCAGCCCUCCAGGUGCUAGUACAUCUGCACUGAACAGCUUGGUAGCCUCCUGUGCAUCAGCAGUUGGUGUGAGAGUAGCUGCUACAUAUGAAGCUGGGGCUUUGUCUCUCAAGAAAGUAAUAAACUUCUAUGGUACAACUCCAGGUGAAUUAGGAUCUCAGUCUGGCAGUGCAUCUUCAGGCCUGGAGGGGCUGAAGGACAGUCGGGAAGAGCAGGUCAGACUGGAAUCGAUGCAAGGAAAGAAAAGUUCUAGCCUCGUGGAUAUUCGAGAGGAAGAAUCUGAAGGAGUCAGUCGAAGACUGUCCUUGCCUGGAUUAUUAUCCCAAGUUUCUCCAAGGCUCCUAAGGAAGGUGGGACGAGCAAAAAUGAGAACAGUGGCUCUUACCCCAACCUAUAGUGGUGAGGCUGAUGCACUUCUUCCAUCUUUAAGAACUGAGGUGUGGAGCUGGGGGAAAGGAAAGGAAGGACAGUUAGGACAUGGUGAUAUUUUGCCAAGGCUUCAGCCACUAUGUGUAAAAAGUCUAGAUGGUAAAGAAGUGAUUCAGCUGUCUGCUGGUGGCCAUCAUUCUUUGGCACUUACUGCCAAAUCCCAGGUGUAUUCGUGGGGUAGCAACAUUUCCUGCCAGCUGGGUCAUUUGAGUUCUCCAACCACAGUCCCUCGUCUUGCAAAGGUAUGUGAUGCUGGAGUAUGGAGUGUAGCAGCAGGAGCAGAUUAUUCCCUUUUCUUGGUGGAUGGGGAGGACCAGCCUGGAUUAUAUUACAGUGGUCGAGAGGAGAUCACGGACAAUAAUUUGCCUGAAAACAGCUGCACUAAGAGUCCUACUCUGUUGCUAGGUUGCAGUAAGCUAGGGUACAUAAGCAAUGUGACCGCAGGGGGGAGCAACUGUUUGGUGUUGGUGGACAAAAAUAUUAUGGGAUACAUCGCCAGCCUUCAUGAAUUGGCUUCUACAGAGAGAAGGUUCUAUUUCAAACUGAGUGAAAUCAAAUCUCAAGUCCUCAGACCCCUUCUAGGUUUGGAUAACUUGGGCAAUGCAACAACUAUCCAGUUGUUGCAGGAUAUGGCAAGCCGGUUCAGUAAGCUGUGUUACCUAAUCGGUCAACAUGGAGCUUCUCUGAGUAGCUUUCUUCAUGGGAUAAAGGAAGCAAGGAACUUGGCUAUCCUAAAGCAUUCGAGUCUCUUCUUGGAUAGUUACACAGAGUAUUGCACAUCUGUAACAAACUUUGUGGUGAUGGGAGGAUUCGCACUACUUGCAAAACCAGCCAUCGAUUUCUUGAGUAAAAACGAGGAGCUGCUACAGAAGCUGUCUGAGACUAACGAAGAAUGCAUCCAGUUGGUAGAACUGCUAAAUACUUUGUUUUUCUUGCCAGUCAGAAGACUUCAUAAUUAUGCUAGAGUUUUGCUAAAGCUUGCUACCUGUUUUGAAGUGACAUCUUCAGAAUACCAGAAGCUUCAGGAUUCUAGUUCUUGCUAUGAGACUCUUGCUAUCCACCUUGGGAGGAAAAGGAAAGAAGCAGAAUACACACUGAGCUUUUGGAAGACCUUCCCUGGGAAAAUGACGGAUUCCCUGAGGAAAUCAGAACGUCGGUUAAUCUGUGAAAGCAGUAAUCGGGGGCUGGUUUUACAGCAUGCUGGAAGGUUCUCAGUGAACUGGUUCAUCCUCUUUAAUGAUGCUCUGGUCCAUGCACAGUUCUCAACGCACCAUAUUUUUCCCCUGUCCACAGUGUGGGUGGAGGCUGUCUCAGAAGAAGCUGGGAAUGUGAAUGGUUUGAAGAUCACUACACCAGAGGAACAACUUAUUCUCCUUUCAUCAACACCACAGGAAAAGACAAAGUGGCUGAGGGCUAUAAGCCAAGCUGUGGAUCAAGCUCUUAGAGGAACUUCUGAUUUGCCCCCUUAUGGAGGUAGUGGGAAUAUCCAGAGACAAGAACCUCCCAUCUCUCGUAGUGCCAAAUACACUUUUUAUAAGGAUCCUCGGCUUAAGGAUGCUACCUAUGAUGGAAGGUGGCUUUCUGGGAAACCCAAUGGCAGGGGUGUCCUAAAAUGGGCAGAUGGAAGGAUGUAUUCGGGAGUGUUCAGGAGCGGUUUAGAAGAUGGGUAUGGUGAAUACAGGGUGCCAAACAAAGCAUUGAACAAAGAUGACCAUUAUGUGGGAUACUGGAAGGAGGGCAAAAUGUGUGGACAAGGAGUCUACAGCUAUGCCACUGGAGAGGUGUAUGAAGGCUGCUUUCAGGAUAAUGUGCGUCAUGGACAUGGCCUCCUGCGCAGUGGCAAACUGACAUCUUCCUCACCUAGUAUGUUCAUUGGCCAAUGGUCAAUGGAUAAGAAGACUGGAUAUGGAGUCUUCGAUGAUAUUACAAGGGGUGAAAAAUAUAUGGGAAUGUGGCAAGAUGACCUCUGCCAGGGGAAUGGUGUUGUAGUUACUCAGUUUGGACUGUAUUAUGAAGGAGCUUUUAAUACCAACAAAAUGAUGGGGACUGGGAUUCUGCUUUCUGAAGAUGAUACAGUCUAUGAAGGAGAGUUUUCAGAUAACUGGACUCUUAGUGGAAAGGGAACACUCACCUUGCCAAAUGGAGAUUAUAUUGAAGGUCUCUUCAAUGGAGAAUGGGGAUCUGGGAUAAAAAUCACUGGAACCUACUUUAAACCCAGCUUGUAUGACAGUGAGAAAGACAAACCUAAAGUAUUGAGGAAGCUUGGACUCUUAGCAGUACCUGCUGAUGAGAAAUGGAAAGCAGUGUUUGAAGAAUGCUGGCAGCAGCUGGGUUGUGAGAGUCCAGGCCAAGGGGAUAGAUGGAAGGCUUGGGAUAGUAUUGCUGUGGCCCUGACCACCAAUCGGCGUCAACACAAAGACAGCCCAGAAGUAUUGAGUCGCUCACACACUCAGACACUGGAGAGUUUGGAAUUCAUUCCACAACAUGUUGGUGCCUUCACACUAGAGAAAUAUGAAAACAUCAGGAAAUAUUUAAUAAAGGCCUGUGACACCCCUCUCCAUCCCUUGGGAAGGCUUGUGGAGACCCUAGUAGCUGUGUACAGAAUGACUUACGUUGGAGUGGGAGCUAAUCGGCGAUUACUACAGGAAGCUGUGAGAGAAAUUAAAUCCUACCUCAAACGCAUCUUCCAGUUGGUCAGGUUUUUGUUUCCUGAUCUCCCAGAAGAGGGCAGCACAAUUCCACCCAUUGUGACUGAAACAAAGGGAAGGACAUCCUUCUGCAGUGGGAAAACUGACUCCAGAUCAGAAUCUCCUGAACCUGGCUAUGCGGUUACCAGUUCUGGGUUGCUGCUUCCUGUGUUGUUACCACGACUCUACCCUCCUUUGUUUAUGUUAUACGCCUUGGACAACGAACGUGAGGAAGAUAUUUACUGGGAAUGUGUUCUGCGUCUAAACAAACAAUCCGAUACAGCUCUUCUGAGCUUUCUUGGUGUCCAGACGAAAUUCUGGCCAGUGACUGUGUCCAUCCUGGGAGAAAAUAAAAAGGUGAUGCCAAGUACAAAAGAUUCUUGCUUUGCCUCAGCUGUUGAGUGUUUGCAGCAGAUCAGUACCACUUUUACUCCAUCUGACAAACUGAAGGUAAUCCAGCAGACUUUUGAGGAGAUCUCUCAGAAUGUUCUUGAGACUCUUCAGGAAGACUUCCUCUGGUCCAUGGAUGACUUAUUUCCUGUUUUUCUUUAUGUGGUGCUACGAGCCAGGAUAAGGAAUUUGGGGUCUGAGGUACACUUAAUUGAAGACCUGAUGGACCCGUUUCUCCAGCAUGGGGAACAAGGCAUCAUGUUCACAACCCUGAAGGCUUGUUACUACCAGAUUCAACAUGAAAAGCUUACAUAGCUCAUUCCCUGCAGCUGCUGCAUAUGGGAGUAUCUUCUGAGCAAGCCUUUAGUAAUCUCCAGAGUCUUUUCUGGAGUGACACUUAGAACAGAGAAUACCAAGAUGAUGAUGUGCUUCUGAACCUUGUGUAAAGACUGAAAAACUGAAGCCUGGAGAUGACGGAGGCAGAAUAAUCGUACCUGAAUUUGGCCUGUGAAGCAGUCUCCAGGGAAAGAUCAUUUGCUAUGCUAAAGGAGGGAUUGUUUACUCUUCCCGAACUAACAGGCUUUUUAAAAGAAGGCAUGGCAUCAACUUGGAAUGCAUUUGAGGAUUCUGCACAUAUGGCUUUCAGGCUCUCUUCUUUGUGUGUGCCUGCAAGGACCAUAAAUUUAUUUUAAAGGAAUUGAAUGGCACUCUGGAACCAUUCUGUCUUCCUGAAUUAAGAAUUUUUGUGUGUGUGUCUUUUUAAAGGAAAAAAAGUGGCCAUGUUUAGUAUUUAUAAUGGGCAGCCUGCAGAACAUCUGGCUGGAAGGGUUCUGAUGCAUCUUUUUAAAGCAUGAUUGCUGAAAGCAGCCCUUGGGUGCUGUUGUGGAAUUUGUCUCACUUUUUUUAUAUAGGCACCCCUGCUUCCACAGUGGGAAGAACACAGGAAAUCAUGGUUUGUUUUUUGUUUAAGAAGUAAAUGAGGCACUGACCAGUUUAAAUUUCAGCACUGAUUUUGGUAUUUUUAGGUUUAGGUUUGCACAGGUUUUAGUUUCAUUGUAUUUAAGGCCCAUCAAGUCCAUGCCACUGGAGAAUGGAAACAUGUUCUUGAACAAACUGACAACAGGUUAGGGCUGAUGCCCACCCUUAAGCUGUUAUUUAUUUAAUAGGUGGGGAAGACUCUGCAUUUUUUCCAAAAGUAUUAUAAAAUAGAAAAAUGAUUUUGUGUUGGGUUGUGUUCUACUGUUUCAUUAUCUUGGCUUCUACAAAUAACACUAGUGGACACUUUGGAUACCAUAGGUGCUAUUCCUUACCAUGUCUGACAAAAGUGUGAAAUGUAUGGAAUAUUCUCAUGGCUCAAGGUAUCUUGAAUUAGCACAGUAAAUGCUAAUCAUAGAUUUGAAAAUCAGAAUCAGGGGUUGCUUGUUGAUGCUUUAAACAGUGGGGGUGGGCGGGGGAAGAAACUGUUCACUGAAAUUUAUUCUCUGGAGCAGUGACUGUAAACUAGCAGUUUUCAUAAUAAAUUUAAGAAUAUUUGUCUUUGAGAUUUU